CGACAUGCCGCGCUCGCGGCGCGCGGCGCUCGCGCUCGCGCUCUGCGCGCUCGCCGCGCGGUGCGCGACGACGCGCGCGUUCGUCCUCAACCUUCGUCGGGAAUCGACGGAGUGUCUGUACGCGACGCUGCGCGCGGACGAUACCGUGAAUUGCGAUGCGAUGGACGUCGUCGUGCACGCGCGGUUCGUCCUGCGCGAAGGGACGGACGUGGAGGGGACGCUGCGGGACGCGCGCGGCGCGGAGGCGGCGCGCUGGACGUUCGACGAGCGACGAAGCGACGGCGACGCGGACGACAGAGGACGGGCGAAAGAGAUCGAGGUGAAGACGCGUGGAUGCGGGGAUUAUGAGGUGUGCUUUCAUCACGCGCGCGGGAAGUCGAAGGAGGCGAGGAUAGAGGUUGAUUAUUUUCAGGCGUUGCGCGAACCGUCGGCGAACGGCGACGACGUCGAGGCGAGGAUAGAGGACGAAUCGGAGAAGGCGAAACGUGAACGCGCGAAACGAUCGACGAGCGAGGGACUCCGGACGGAUGGCGUGUUGAGCGUGUCGAGCAAGGCGUCGGGGUUGAACAAUUGGGUGCAGCAGUUACGAGAAGAGAUGAAUUAUUUACGCGUGAGAGCCGAGCGACACAAAAAAACGGUGGAAUCGAACGCGCGACGCAUGGUUCGCACGACUUUCAUAGAAGUCUGCGUCCUCAUCGGCGUCACCGGGGUACAGGUGAUGACGGUGAAACGAUUUUUCGACGUUCAGACGCGCUCGCACGAGCGUUUCCGUACACAAUUCGGCGGCGCGUCGUCCGCGUUCGCCGGCGGUUUCGAAGCCGCCUCGCGCCACGUCGCCGGUCCGAUGGCGGAUGCGUUCUCAUCCGGCGCUAACGCCGCGCAGCGCGGCGUCGCGGGUCUCUUAAAAUCAAUCGGCCGCUCUUCCGCGCCAUCGCGCGCGAGGCACGAUUACCACCUAGGAUAG